AUGGCAUCAACACCACCACCCCCAUCGCCGUCUGCGCUUCGGGUACCUAGAGCGCCGCGCCAUGGGCCGAAGCAUGAUGAUUAUGAACCUUACGUGACACGUUAUUCUACUAGGCUUGCAAGUCAACGCGCAUCGAGGGCUGACAAAACGACACCACCCCCAAGUCACUCAAGCGCGUCUACAAGACCUGGAACGUCAAAAAGAACUCUGUCACCCUCUUCGCCCGGAACUGCCAAACCCUCGCCUAAGAAGGCGGCACGCCCAAACAGAAAUGCUGCAUCUCGAAUCUCUCCCUUUGAUAUGGAACUUUCACUUCCCCGCACUUCUGCACACCACACCUCCAGAUCAUCUGCCGAACGAGCUUUGCCCACACCUGCCAAAACCCCUUCGAAGAAAAAGGUGAUCAGCUCUGGUACUUCUACAUCUCGUUCUCUGUUUCCAUCAACUUCUACACCCAAGCGCAGGAAAAUGGAGGCCUCCAAGCGUUCUACUCAUGUCCCCCAUGGAAUUUACGCCGAUGAGCCUGAGGGAACUCACGCCUUGCACAAUGGGAAGCAGGACUCAAUCUCCAUCCAUGAAGACUCACGUGAUCGUAUUCCUAUCGUUAGCAAGUCUGUGGAUGACCCGUUUGUGAGCAAGCCUGCAGCAUCUGCUCACCGACAUGCCACUCGCUCUAAAAUCCCCUGCAACCAGGAAGGAGUCUGGUACUUUCAGCGUGGCAAGAAGGUCUUCAGACGUUUCGACGACAUCGAAGACGAGGGGGAGGAUGAGGAUGAUCUUGGUCUUUUUGCCAACCGCCCGGAUUUGCUGGCCGAUAAUCCCGACGUCUUGAAGGAUGUGAAGCCUUUGAAGCGUUCUGAGCUCAAGCCCCGUGUCCUUUUCCGUGUCCCCGAUGAACAGGCCAAUACCGAAGAGGAUGUCACCGAUAUUGAGGACAAUGAGCCAAUGUCCCCGACCCUGGCUUGUCAACGCCUGCCUGCGGAAGGUUGGGUCGGUUCCACAUGGCGCGCCAAUCUCACUCCGCCCGUCGUGGCCCAGCAACCUCCUGUUCACGGAACUGAAGAGGAUCCUUUCACUCCUUUGGAGUUCCGACGUCCCGUCCUUCGUCCUGGUGUGCAUUUUGCCACAGCUCCUGAGUACGACUACUUUGAUGACUCCUCUCUCGAAGCUACCCCUCGGGCUCAACCCCCAACUACUCUGGGCCUCUCCAGCAGCGAUGGCACCAUCCGCAAGUACUGGUCAACCAGCGUGAAGGCUCGAGCCGUGGAGACCCGUUCCGAGCGCAUGAAGCGCCAUCGUGAUUCCCGUGGUAGCCCUGCUCCACGCACUCGUCAGGCCGCGCGCAAUGAAGCUUCUGCAGAGGCUUCGGCCGCUCAGGUCCCCAUCGCCGAUGCCACCACCGCCGAUAUCUAA